GAUCCAGUAGAAAGUCAAUUGGACAGCGUCGGAAACACAACAACGUCAAGCUAAACGACGUCGUGAUACAUUUUGAUUUUGAUAAAUUAAUAAAACUUAAAAAUGUCCGCCGAGGCCAGCAAACCAGAUGCAUCCCCCAAGAACGUGCCCGAUUGGGUGCGGGCCGAAAAAUUUGUGGAUGUGCUCAAAGAAUCGGUCAAGGGGUUCUCAAAAAUCAAGAGCUUCAAGGUGAACAGCGGAUCGGCGGCUGGCGAAAACUACUCGACGGUCAUGUUGCGUCUAAAUAUAGACGUCGAGCUGGAGGAUGGCGCUGUCAAGUCCGUAUCCUAUAUGCUAAAGGUGCCGCAUCAAAUGGAAAUGUUUCAGGCAAUGAUGGAGCAUACCAAAAGUAUCUUUGAUAUAGAACGCAAUAUGUAUAAUAUCCAUGUGCCCGAGAUGGAACAAAUGUAUCGUAACGCUGGUGUGGACAUCAAAUUCGGUGCUCAGGCAUAUACUGUUAAGGGUGCCGAAACAGAGUAUUUACUACUUGAGGAUCUGGCGCCCAGGGGUUUCAAGAACUCCAAUCGGCUGGAGGGCUUGGACCAGGUGCACACCGAAGCUGCUCUGCGUAAGUUGUCCAUGUGGCAUGCCGCGUCCGCAGUGCGUGUGGCCAACAAGGGUGUCUAUCCGGAUCAGCUUAUGGUUGGCUUUUACAAGGAAGAAAACCGUGUAAUGAUAUCCGAGAUGAACAAGCAAAUGGCCCAGAAUUUUCUCAAAUGCUGUGCAACCUACGAGGGCAAUGAGGAGUAUAUAGAGAAAGUGAGAGCUCUGCAACCGAAGCUAAAUGAUGAACUCUUUAAAAAGGCUAACAUGGAUGCCAACGAAUUUAAUGCACUCAACCAUGGUGACUGUUGGAGCAACAAUAUGAUGUUUUCACACGACUCCUUUGGAAAAAUCAAGGAAACCUAUCUGGUGGACUUUCAACUACCGAAAUUCGGUUCGGUGGCACAGGAUUUGUACUACUUUCUGCUGUCCUCAACCAAAUUCGAGGACAAGCUCACCAAGUUCGAUUACUAUAUCAAGUUCUAUCAUGAAAAUCUCUCGGAAAAUCUAAGACUACUGAAAUAUCCGAAAGUCGUGCCUACGCUUCGCGAUAUACACCUAUCGCUUUUCAAGCAUGGCAUUUGGGGCUUUAUUACCGCAACGACCGUCAUGAGCGGCAUUCUACUGGAUCCCACAGAAGUCGCCAAUAUUGAAAACUUUCUGAGUGAUUCCGCUGAGGGCAACGAGUUUAAAACCUUGCUCUAUUCCAACGCACGCUAUCGGAAACAUAUCCAAGCGGUGUUGCCCUGGCUUCACAAUCGUGGCGCUCUCGAAAUAUAAAUUUAUAUUUAGAAGCGUUUUAUACAAAAAUCGUAAACAUUUCUGCUAUCGACAAUUUUAUCAAUAAUUUCCAUUAUCGGUAUUAGAUUAUUCCGAAGAAUAUUAUCAAAUACAUUUUAUGUGUGAAUCGGAUUAGAUAACAGAUUUAGAGUUGUUUGAAGAAAGCACAGUCAAUGUUACGAGACAUUUCCAAUUAACAUUCACAAAAUAAUAUAUAUAUGAUAUCAGAUUUCUAUUUACAUUAAUAAAUACCAAUCAAUAUUGAACAAAUUAAAA